AUGUCUUCCCCAGUCGACCUUCGCAACCCGGGCCGCCCAAUUCAUGUGGGUGUUGUGUUGCUGAACACUAUCACCGAGCAACUCGACAUCGCCCCAGUAGGCUUCUUCUCCGGCCUCGAUCGCAAUUUCCUGAAGGACAUGCCCACCGAGAUGGUGGAUGAUGAGUCCAAGGCCCAAGGGUAUGACUUUGUCUAUCACUGGGUCAACGAGGAUGGCAAGGCCCCCGCUAAGCUGACGACUGGUAUGAAUGUAUUGCCCACGGACUCCUUCGCUACAUGCCCGCCACUGGACAUCAUCUUCAUCGGCGCAAGUAGAAUGGGCUACAAAGCCAAUGAAGCCGAGAAGGAGUUCUUGCGCAAAAGUUACAAUGCUUGCACGGCCAUGCUCUGCGUAUGUGGGGGAUUUGAGCCGGUGCUGAGUGCAGGGCUCAUGGAGGGCAAGACCGCCACGGGGCCACGGUUCCUGCUCCCGAUGCUGCGUGAACUCGGGCCUGGGGUCAACUGGGUCGAGAAGAGAUGGGUUCAGGAUGGGAAGAUCUGGACUACAGGUGCGCUGCUGAGUGGGUUCGAUAUGGUCGCUGCCUUUGGACGAGAGACAUGGGGAGAUGGUCCUUUGGUUGAUAACCUCAUUAAAAAAGGAGGAUUCCCCGAGCGCGACAUUGACUAUCUGGAGGGUUAA